AUGGAGAGGCUUCUUCGAGGGCAUGCUCGCUCUCCCUCUGCCUAUAAACGAGAGGAAAUAUCAUUUACUGAGGAUGGCUGGGCGCGUGCUCCUAGCAGCGCAGCGUAUGGUUACAGCACAGAUGCAGCAGCAGUAUAUGCUUCUCCAGCAGACGCAGCAGCAGCAGCAGCAGCAGCAGCAGCAGCAGAAGAGGAGGAAGACACUGGGGAGGCUGGUGAUGGGUAUUUCUCUGAGGGGGAAUAUGCAGAAAAGGAGACAGAAGAAGAACAUCUGCAGCAAGGAGACAGCGAUAUAAAAGACUGGGGUGCAGCAAACGGUGAGGCUGAGGUGUAUGAUGAGGUAUACGAAGAAGGAGACGAAGAAGAGGGCGCUGAUGAGUAUGACUACACAGGGCUGCAUGCAGAUGCAGAAGAAGAAGAAGAAGCAGAAGAAGAAGAAGAAGCAGCAGAAGAAGAAGAAGAUGAAGCAGCAGCAGAGGGAGAUGAAUACUCAGGGUAUGCAGAGCCUAUAGAAGAGGAAGAGUAUGCAUUUGAUGAUGAAGCAGUAGGAUCUGCUGCUGCUGCUGCAGAUGAAGAAGAAGAAGCAGCAGCAGCAGAAGAAGAAGAAGAGGCAAUAACUGAUGAGACCUCUUUAACCCCUUUUUCUCUUGAAGAGAUAGAGCGUCGUGUAGAAGUACGACAUGUAGAGGGUAAAGGGAGGUGCCUAUACACCCGAAAGGCCCUUCAGCCUGGCGAAGUAAUAUUUAUUGAAACACCUCUCUUAGUGGCUGUCCCCUCUAUACACGAAGACUUGUGGGGUUUAUUAGUGCAUAUUCAUGAAGAGAAGGCAUUGAGUCUGCCUCCUGUGUGGCACUUAGCUGCCCUCUGUUCAAUAUUGUUGCUGGAUGAAGAAAGCUUAAGUGCAUGCCUCUCUAAGUGGGUUCCUGACCCGUCAGCAGCAGCAGGAGAAGAUGUUCUUCGAGAGACAACUGCUAACCCAUGCACUGUAUGCGGUACAGUGGCGGAUGCCAGCACAGUUGAGCGUUACUUAACGUUUGAAGCUGCAUAUGCAGAGCGUUUAGAUGAAACAAACAAAGAAGAUAUGAAAGAUGCUGAGAUGGUGUACGAGCAAGCCUCUCGAGUAUUCACCAGCCAUUGGAUUCUCUUCCAGCUGGACACGAUCUUAUUUGAAGGUUACAGGGCUGCAGGAGAUUAUGAGUCGGCGUACGUACACCAGAUGCAUCGCCUUGAAUACGUUACUUCGUAUGCGUUUUCUCUCGUGUUGCGUCUGUGUUAA